AUGUCGGGUGACAACCUGGUGGAUCUGGACCACGAAGAUGAGGAAGAGUUCAUUGUUGAGAGCCGGCUUUCGCUGCUGGCCGGCUUCAAGCGCCACUUCAGAUACAAGUCCGCAGAGGGGCUGCUGUCCAGCCACGGCCUGCGGCUGCUGGACUAUGCGUGCGACGCGUGCAUGGUGUACCCGGACCGCCCGGUCGACCUCUGGUCCCAAGUGGAGCGAGAGGUCGUCUCCCACGGCGCCACGCCCUACCUAGCCUACCUGCAUUACAGGCUGCGGCAGGUGCAGGCCGCAGCCAUCAGGGGCGGCCGCAAGGGCAACGUGCUGCUGGCCGCGGUGCAAGCGCCGCUGAGCUGGGUCAGCCGGAAAAUGCGGAACCGGCUUGGCACGACGGCGAUGGCGGCGCUGGAGGUGGCCCUUGAGCUGUGGCUGGCGGUGACCGCGUCGCCCCAGGCCAGGUGGACCAACUUCUGCACGACGCGCAGCAGCGCGCUGCUGCAGGAGGAGCUGCGGCAGCAGGCGGCGGUGGUGUGGCGGUUCAUAUUGGACCGCGGCGUGGAGGCGCCUGAGGAGUUCAACGCCUGCCAGACUCACCGGGCCACGCUGGCGGUGCUGCGGCGCCAGCUGGCGUUUGUGGAGCAGCUGGGCCACCUGGGGGCCAUCGAGGAGGAGGAGCAGGACGCACUGGCAGAGCUGCUGGAGGACAAGCUGGGGCACCUGGAGCGCCGCGGCCCGCGGUGGCGCGCCCCCGGCAUUACGGAGGUCCUGGCGCGCGUGCCCUUUUUGGAGGGCGUGCCGGACGAGACCGCGAUCUGGCUGCGCGCCUACGGCGAGAUGAGCGACUUCCGGCCGGGCCAGUGCAUCGUGCCGCCCAACAUGCCGGGGGUCCCUGGUGUGUGGAUCGUGCUCAGUGGGCUGGUGCGGGUGGUGGUCACCCGCGGCGCUUCCCUGGAGACGCAUUACGUGGGCGUGGGUGGCCAGUUUGGCCUCUACUCAUCCCUCAUGCCGCGGAGGACGCCCUCAUUUGACCUGGUGGCAGCGUACGCAGAGGGCAACGCGCUCGGCCGCGGGCCGGUGCUGCUGCAGCUGCCGCUGCGGGUGCUGCAGGGGAUCCGCCAGAAGGCUGGGGAGGGGCGGGGCCCCUUCCAGGACCUGCUGGUCAACAUGCACCGCCAGGCCGCGAUCCAGGCCUUCGACUGGCUGGCCGAUGACAUCAUCAGGGGCCUCGCCGCCCACCUCGAGUCGGCCGUCGACGCCGCCAUCCGCGCCGCCCGCGCUGCGCCCGACCCGCGCGCCGCGCGCCGCCUGCGGUGGCUGGUCGACGCGCUGCUCGCGCCCGCGGCGGCCGCGGCGGCGACGGACGAGGUGGCGGACGCGGUGGGCGUUGCCGCGGCGGCGAGCAGCGGGUCGGGGGCGGUGGCGGGGAUCGUCGCGAGCGUCGGGGCGCGGUCGCUGUGGGAGGUGAUCGAGGGAGGGAACAAGGAGGUCGUCUCACGCAUCAUUGCUGACAGGGCCAGGGAAGCUUCAGAGCAGCUGCGCCGCAGCCUGUGCGGCGCGGAUGUGUUGGUGGUGGCCCCAGGGGAGCGCUUCUCGCAGUCCUCGUCAGCCGCCCUGCUCGGCGGCGGCCUGACGCCGUCGGGCCCCGAGUCCGCCGCGGCCGCAGCCAAAUGGUGGGGCGCCGCGCCGCGGCCGGACUGGUGGCGUCCCACCACCGCGCCCGCGGCGGCGCCGGCGGGCGGGGCGGCGGUGGGCGCGGCAGGUGUCCAUGUCGCCGGCGGUGCGGGCGGGGAGGGCGGCGGCGGCCAGGGCGCCGUAAGCCUGCGCAAGCUGGCCGCGCCAACGCUGAUGGCCUGGGCACCAGAGCUAUUCGAACCCUUGGAUGGACGGCGCCUGUACGCCCCGCGGCAGCUGACUUUCAGGGCGGGCGCCCAGGGGGCGGUAUUGCUGGUGGUGCCGGCGGACGCGUCCUCAGCGGGCAGCGACGGCGGCCGCUCCCCCCGCAAGGCCGACGGCGCUGCCGCGGCCGGGGGCUCGCCGGUGGUGGGCGCGCGCGGCGGUGGGGGCGGCGGCGGCGGUGCAGCAAGGGACCUCUUGGGUGGUAGGAGGAUGGUGUCUUCGAAGGCGAUGCGGAGCGGCGUGAACCAGGCGCACGCAGACAGCCACAUGGGCUGA